AUGUUCGCAGUAGACUGCAGCACAAGCGUAGCCCGAGAGGGUAGGAGUGAAUUAGCCAGCGGUCUCCAAUUCUUCCCCCACCCAGAAUCAUCCUUUCAAACCAUCGGACGAUCAUCCGCUCAACCAACGCCCACGUUGACACAUUCAGCGAAGCGAUCAACAAGCGAACCUCCUCCCCCUUCCAUCCUCCACUCAGCGUCGGUGUUGGCUAUGCAAACCGUAAAGGUAAUCAAGUUUCUGCGGCCAGGAUAUCUGUGGGAUUUCUGGCUGGCUGACCAUUCCCAAUAUGGUAAGGUAGUAUUGAAGCUAGUCUACUUGCCAAAUUAUCCCUGCAAUAGACCCGAUUAUGAUGAUUAUGUCCCACCGGAAGAAGUCAUCACGGAGGCUCUCAAAGAAGAAGGACUGUACCUAGGUCCCCUCAACAAGCUACAAGGAGAAUUGGUACCAAAGUACUAUGGUCUAUAUCACUCCGUCCCUGGCUCAUACCACAUCGCUAUGUUAUUAGAAUACGCGGGGCAUGCCAUCGGACCAGGUGAAGUCGAUUUAGACGAAGAGUGGAAGGAGAAAUUGUACUCCGCCUAUCAAAGGUUGCAUCGUCAUGGAGUAGUCCAUCGGGAUGAUCUGAAGGAUGAGGACGACGUGGGCACCUUGAUGAGUGAAGCUGUAAUUGUAAGAACGAGGAUAGGCCCUGAAUCUCUUGACGAGAUUUACUGUGAUUCACUCCCUGCGGCUUAUUACUCCGAUCUGGAAAACCCCGAGAGUUUCUUGCAAGAAUUGAGGGAUAUUGCAAAUGCACCUUUGCCGGACUGGGUUAUUGAGCAUAAUAGAAGAUUGUUGGAUUUAAGACUGCCUCCGAGCGAUGAUAUCAUUUGGGAAGAUUGUAUAUGA